AUGGCGAGCCUAAAAGACAUAUUACGCAAUAUUGCUUCUACUGUCAAUUCUUCGAGUGUUGAUAUUCAACCUAUUAUCGAUCUCAUUGAUAAUUUUAUAACAACACAAGAAUUCAACACGGAUCGUGAGCUUGAUAAAGUUAACAAAUUUUCUUCAGAAUUAUUUUCCAUAUAUAAUUCUAUUCAAGAUUACCCGCAAAAGUUUUACAUAUUUCUAAAGUGUAUGCGAGCUUCAUUACCUGUCUUGGGACCUGACGUAGUUAUUUCCGAUUGGUAUGAUAAGGUGUUACUUCAAAUUCUUAAGUCUUCACUUCAGCCAAAGGAUAUUGUUGAAGAAGUCAAAGGAAUCAUUCGCGAAGUUCUAGUGUGUGAAACGGAUCGAACAAUGGCAUUUAGGAAAGAAAUUCUUGAACUUUAUUUAAACGAAUCAAGUAUGAUUGGAAAGCCUGCUGGUGAAGGUUAUGGAGUGGUGGGUGAACAAGUACAUGCAUUUUGGUGUCGUAACUUGGAAAAUGUACUUAGGGGAUUUGGUAGCGUGAAGACAAAGGAUUUCUUUGUCCUUUUGGAUUCGUAUUUUAUCCGGAAACAAUAUCGGUUACAAAUAUUAAAUCUACUCGGGGAAUUCAUUCAACGACAGAGUUUAAAUAUUCACCAUAUUUUGGAGACUUCUCUUUUUGAUUCAUUACUUACAUCGCUGCAGAGGGACACUUCCACAACUUUGAUUUCUCUAUCACUGACGACGCUCGUUAUGCUCUUACCUCAUAUAUGUACAUCCAUCAUCGCUUAUCUCCCACGUCUUUACAUCGUCUUUAUCAGGAUUAUAUGUUGGGAUAAACAUGACUCUCGAUGCGCAGAUUUUGAUAGCGAAUUGAUUGGAAAUAACUUAAAUACUGCUGAUAUACAAAGAACUGAUGCUAAAACUGAUGCUGAAUCUGACUGGGAGAGAUAUUCUACUUUCGAUAGUAUACCUUCAACUCCACCAAAUUGUUCACACCUUUUCACGAUUUUAUACGGAAUGUUUCCAUGUAAUACCGUUGAAUUUUUAAGGAAUCCCACAGUUUGGAUAAAGAACAUGAAUUGUAUACCUUUUUAUGGUGAGAUUGAUGAUGAUGUUAUUAGAUCGAGAAGCAUGCCAUUAUUGCGUCGUCAUACACUUCACCCUAACCUCAUUUUGAGUAAUGCCGAAAGAGAAUUAUCUGACACUUCACGCUGGAUUAAACUUGAACCUGCGGAUGUUGUUGCAGAAUGUAUUGGGUACGAUAUGGAAAAUGCAUCUACAACAAAGCAUCAGAUAAGUGAAUUGGAAGACUUUACAAAAAAUGUACUGGAAGGAGUUGAGUCUACAAAUGUUGAAACGAAAACUAUAAGGACCAGACGGUCAUCUCAGGCAAUAUCAAUACAAGAAAUAAUGGAUGUUCAUCAAGCUUUGAAAAGUGGCGUUGAAAUUGUUGUUGGAGACGAUCCUUGGGACUCAAAGAUAAUUUCAUCAAAUUCUAUCAGUUCUACAUCACCACCUGACUCAAAUUUAAGUGUACCACAAUCUCUUGGGCCCUUGUCGAACGCACAAGCCAGUGUCGCAUUUCUCCAACGAGAAGUAAUGUUGCUUAGGAACGAAUUAAAUUUUGAACUAUAUCUUAAACAACAGCACCUUCAACAUAUUGGCCGUCUUCAUCGUGACCAUGUGUUGGACAUUAGUGCUGAAGCAGAACGACAUAAUUUAUACAACGCGUGUAAAAACUUAAAAUUGCAAUUAGAGAAAACUCAAGCAGCUUUUAAUAGACAAAGAGAAGAUAAUGCAAGCAUAAAGAAAAAACAUGUUCAAUGGGAAGAUGAACUAAACAAUAAACUGAAAAAAUAUAGAGAGGAAAAGAAGGAAUGGAAAACAGAAUUAGACAAAGUUGAAGAGCAGUUGAGAGAAGCUAAGCUUACCAUUAAAGCACAAGCGAAACAAAUUGAAGAAGCUAAUACAAUGAAUUUUAAGCUCGAGAACGAUAUUAAAGUAUCCGAACCUCAACUUCAAAAAUUAACCGAAUAUGAAAAUCGUAUUGAUCAAUUAACGAAACAAUUGUUACUCUGGGAAGCUGAUACUCGUAAAUUUCAAGAGCAAAAAUAUCACAUGGAAAUCCUUGUAGCACAAUGGAAUAAAAUGGAAAUGAUGUUGGAAACUAAAGAUAAAGAGAUAAACCAAUUAAGAAUAACAGUGAAUUCACAAUCACUCGUUAUUGACGAUCUGAAAAUCAAAUCGGAAUCCUUAUCGCAAAAUCAGUCAGGUCAAGGAACAGCGCUAGAAAAACAGAUGCAAAUGUGGACUUUUGAGCGAGAUAAACGGGAUAAGGAAUUAAAAAAAUUAGAGACCGAUUAUGAAAUGUCACAAAUUAUUGAACUUUCGGCUAAAAUUGAGUCACUUGAUCCACCUAAAAAUUAA